AUGGAUACCCUCCGAGUGGUCAACUUCAGGUCGGCCGAGGCCUUCGAGACAAGCCCUAUUUUCAAGGGCGACAAGCAUCCUGACUACGAUCUUGUCGUCGAUGUCGGCACAUAUGACGGAGCUGACUUCACCAUCCCAGCGUACAAGAAAGGGUACACGGUGUUCUCCUUCGAGCUGAGUCCCCAAAACCAGGCCCUCACCCUCGAUAACUUUGCAAAGCUGGGACUGGCUCCGGGCAAAGACUACACCGUUGUCGAUGUUGUUCCCGGCACUGUUCCUGACGUCAAUACAUCCAAGCGACCACACAUCUACUUCUUCAAGGCCGGUGCCUCGAACCGAACCGUUGGCGUCAGCGCCGCCAAAGACGGCGUCUUCACCGAAGUUUCGCAUACCCCCGGCUCCCUCCCGAUCGUCCGCAUCGACGACAUCAUCCAGCCAAACGAGCGGGUGUAUUUGUUCAAGGUUGACGCUCAGGGCCACGAGUAUCCCGUCACCGACGGGGCUCGUCAACUGCUCCAAAACAACGUCCACUCGUUGCAAAUCGAGUUCUGGCCCACGGGAAUCCAGAAGAACGGAGAUGAUCCCAAGAAGCUCCUCCACAACAUCUACGACUGGGGAUACCAGUGCUUCGAUAUGGGCUUCCACUCGGACUACAUUCCGUACAACCGCCCAUCGGAUAUCAGUGGGUUCGUUGAUCAUCUUCUCACUGUGCCGCCGUCCAAAGACCCCAUCGGAGGCUGGGAGGACAUGAUCUGCAUCAAGUAG